AGGGCAGUGAACUCAAGUCUCAUUUAGGAAUGGCUGCAAAUGCCCACACCUGGAGACCCCUGCCUCCCCGCCCCUCCGCCGCAGGUCGCAUCUGGGAGACGCUCUGGUCAUUAGAGGAAUGAGUGACAGUGAGUAAUCUGCCAGCUCGCCGGCACUGGGUGGAAAGCUGCCGGCAAGGAUGGAUGUGGCCGACAGCCUUCUUGUGAAUGGAAGCAACUUCACUCCUCCCUGUGAACUAGGCAUCGAAAAUGAGACGCUUUUCUGCUUGGAUCGGCCCCCUCCGUCCAAAGAGUGGCAGCCAGCUGUGCAGAUCCUCUUGUAUUCCUUGAUAUUCCUGCUGAGCGUGCUGGGGAACACACUGGUCAUCACGGUGCUGAUCCGGAACAAGAGGAUGAGGACUGUCACCAACAUCUUCCUGCUCUCCCUGGCCGUCAGCGACCUCAUGCUCUGCCUCUUCUGCAUGCCAUUCAACCUCAUCCCCAACCUGCUCAAGGAUUUCAUCUUCAGCAGCGCGGUUUGUAAAACCACCACCUACUUCAUGGGCACCUCUGUGAGUGUAUCCACUUUUAAUCUGGUCGCCAUAUCCCUGGAGAGAUACGGCGCGAUCUGCAAGCCCUUACAGUCCCGGGUCUGGCAGACCAAGUCCCACGCUUUGAAGGUGAUUGCCGCUACCUGGUGCCUCUCCUUUACCAUCAUGACUCCGUACCCAAUUUACAGCAACUUGGUGCCUUUCACCAAAAAUAACAACCAGACGGCAAACAAGUGCCGCUUCCUACUGCCGAAUGAUGUUAUGCAGCAAUCCUGGCACACGUUCCUGUUACUCAUCCUCUUUCUUAUUCCUGGAAUCGUGAUGAUGGUGGCGUAUGGAUUAAUCUCUCUGGAACUUUACCAAGGAAUAAAAUUUGAUGCUAGCCAGAAGUCUGCUAGAGAGAGGAAAGCGAGCACCGGCAGCAGUGGCCGAUACGAGGACAGCGACGGGUGUUACCUGCAGAAGGCCAGGCCUGCGCGGGCGCGGACACUGGAGCUGCAGCGGCUUUCCGGCGGUGGCGGUGGCGGUGGCGGUGGCGGUAGCGGCCGAGUAGGCCGCAUCCGGAGCAGCAGCUCCGCGGCCAACCUGAUGGCCAAGAAGCGGGUGAUCCGCAUGCUCAUGGUCAUCGUGGUCCUCUUCUUCCUGUGUUGGAUGCCCAUCUUCAGCGCCAACGCCUGGCGCGCCUACGACACCGCCUCCGCCGAGCGCCACCUGUCGGGGACUCCCAUUUCCUUCAUCCUCUUGCUGUCCUACACCUCGUCCUGCGUCAACCCCAUCAUCUACUGCUUCAUGAACAAACGGUUCCGCCUCGGCUUCUUGGCCACCUUCCCCUGCUGCCCCCACCCGGGCCGGCCAGGCACCAGAGCAGAGGCGGGGGAGGAGGAGGAGGGCCGGACCACGGAGGCCUCGCUGUCCAGGUACUCUUACAGCCACGUGGGGGCCUCCACCCCGGCCCCGUGAGCUGACGCCGCCCUUCAGGGGCGGGAGGUAGGAGGAGGAAGAACCAGAGGUGCGACGUGAGCGAGAGGAAAGGUUCCAUUUGCAGUGCGAACGCUCCGCUGUCUGCUUCUCAUCCUUCAUCUGGGUCCAAGGCAGCGCUGCCGCGAUGGGGCCAUGACUUGGUGUCCAGGCUAUCCAAGGUAGGACAUUUUCAGUAACAUCCACCAUCAGGCAGACCUCCGCAGGCCUGUGACAGGAGUUCAGCGGGGUUCACGCUGCAGAGGUAAUUGGCAAGCGCACGUCCCACUGGGGACGUGGAACUUCCUGAGCUCCAGCGGGUUCUAGACUCUCCAAGGGGCCAUCACUCCAUAGUGAUGCACUUUCACGCGCUGCCCCUGCCGAGCUGUGCGCUGCUUUGCCCCAGGGGAGUCUGUCACUCAUGUAGGUUCUGUGGUCCCCCCCUCACCAUGCCCACAAACGGGAAGAGGAAGCAGACCCUCUUCUGGUUCUUUCUGUAGUGAGAGAACAGCUUGACUUUUAUCUUCUUGAGAUCGGUCAAGGGCCUUCAGAGACAGACGUGUAUGCCGGCAUCAGAACAGCAUAAGAAACUGUCUCAAGGACAGAAUUUGGAAUUUGUAUUUCUAAAAAUUACAGAGAAUAUAAGGCAAGUAGCCAGAUCAAAUGGUACCCUACUACUAUAUAAGGAACAGUAAAUGCCAGAAGGGGCACGGAAAUGUUUUUUCUACUUUAAUGAUAUCUGUUGCUUGACUCCACUUUUACGUGGUGAUAUUAAGCCCCACGGCUUCUUUGCCUCACAUUAAUUUUUCAGACUCAUCUGGCACUUCCUCUUUUCCAGAAAGACCUCCAGGUACAAAGGAGAGUUGUAACCCAUGUGUGUCUGGCUGCUAAGGGUAGGAGCAUGCGUAGUCGGGCCGGAAUAGAAACUGGCAUAUCUGGGCCCAACAGAACAGCUUUUGAACGUCAAAGGUGUCUAUGCCUUUAAAUAUAAUCUGUGUUCUUGCCAACAAUUGUAUUGAUUUUAUGUGCAUGUGUAAACCGAAUGUAUAUAUCCUUCAUAUAUAAACAUAUAUUGUUUGGUGUGUUAAAAAAAAAAGAGUGGUUGUUGGAAUUCAGCAAGUGUUACACUUUUAUGUUCCUUUACAACAGUUGAAGUUUCAUGUGAACUCUUCUUUGCAAAAUUAGUGUUGAAGUCUCUCUCCUCCAAUGAGAAAUCUCCAUUUAAAAUGAGAUGUAAGCUACACAUGUAGAUAACAAGAAAUGCACUUCUGGAAUAGAAUGCGUCAGUCCAGCCUAUCACAGUGCUUCUCUCUUGGGCCCCGGGGGGGUGGGCAACAUUGUCCUGUGUGCUUAAGUAAAUUGACACAGACAUGAACAGGUUUGCGUGCCAGUGCAGGAAGUUAACUAACUAACUUAUAAACAAGAACCCCACAAAGUAAGUUCUAGCUUCCAUGGCUCCGAGCAUCUGACAGUUGAGCUUUGCUUGUUCUUGUUUCCGUGAGGCUGGAACCAUCCAUGACCCAGGCCUGGCCAGUGGUCUCAGUUAGAGGGGAAAAAAACCAACUCGGAAGAGAGAAAGGGGAGAAAGCUGGUGAGAGGCGAUGAUGAAUGGGGGAAGGGACGCUGCAUAACUUAAGAAGAUAAGAGCAUUGCCAUUUGCUUUUUCGGGGAGGAUGGUCUCAUACUAAUGGACGGACGAGAAAUUGGAGGACGUGACUAUUUAUUGUAGGAGACUCUUCAAGUCCGAUGUCAGUCUGUUCCUCAGACUGCAAUACAGUGUUGGUUCUUAUAAUCAGUCAUCUUGAAGAUUUCAAAGUAAAAAUUCAACUGACUAAGAUAUGCACUGCUAAAGGGCAAUGAUAAAAGGUAAGAGAAAUUGAAAAUGUCUCCAAUAGUUGAGCAAGUCUUAUAAAAUCUACAAUUUUUCUGCUAAAAGAAGGAGCUCUCCCUUCUGACAGUGUUAGCAUAUAAACGAAGAUAAAUGAGCUGCCCUCCCCACCACAUUCUUGGGAACUUCCGUGAGCUCCCAAGCUGUAAAGGUGUAAUAACCUAAGAACAAGUUGUCGGAUUUAGCAGAUAAAAAUACAAGGUAUCUGGUUAAAUUCUAACUUCAGAUAAACAACAAAUUAAUUUUUAGUAUGAGUACUAAUGUCCCAUGCAGUAAAUACAUUCCUAUAAUUUUUGAAUCACAUAAAAAUAUGAACAAGAUUUCCAAGAUAUAGACCAAUAAAACACCUCUCUUCACUAAAUUUCUUGGAAAGUCUUCUACAUAAUGGAAGCUUUAAAAAACAAAACAAAACUGAAAUUAACUUUUGGAAUCUAUGCCUGACCUUUGGGAAUGGUACUAACAACAGGCUAAUUUUACUCAAAAUUUUUUUAAAACAAAGUAUUCCAGUAUCUUAACAUGUACUAAAACAUUGAAGUAUUUUGUUGAGUUAGCUGCCUUUAUUUCAUGCCAAAGUGGAUUACCAGUUUGAAUGUGAAAUAAAAUGACCAGUAGAGUUAA